AUUGCCAUGAAAUCAUAUGUGGUUGUUUUCUUAAAGCAAAAGAGAUAAGGUUGGAUUCAGUUGUGCCUUCAAGAACUCAUCCUCUCAGCUAUUUUGAAAUAAAUAGCAGCUGACAGAUGCAAGCAAAUAAAAAAACCAAAACACUGUAACAGAUCUUGUUACAACCCAAUCCAUUUCCCCACUGAACGCAAUCACUGAAGUGCUAUAAAUACUAGAUCAAAUCUUCCCCCACAGCAAGUGAGAACGAAGCUCAUAACAUAUCAGCUCCAAAAAUCCCAACCAAAAAUUUUCAAGAAACUUAGAAGACUUGUAGGAGAAAUGAAGGGAGUGGUCAUAGCCAUUGUUGUGCUAGCCAUGGUUCAGCUCAUGGUGGAGCCCAGCCAGGCCAUCACUUGUGGCCAAGUCGAUGCCUGCUUGGUUCCGUGCAUGUCCUACCUCAUGGCUGGGGGGACUCCACAACCGGCAUGCUGCGAAGGGGUGAAGGACCUGAAGGGAAUGGCUUCAACUACAGCAGACAAGCGAGCAGCGUGCACCUGUGUCAAGGCAGCAGCUAAUCGCUACCCAAACAUAAAAGACGACGUUGCCCAAGCUCUCCCUACCAAGUGCGGUGUUCAAAUGGAUAUCCCAGUCUCCAAAACCACCGACUGUAACGCAAUCAACUAAGCUGGAGGGGAAAAUACAAGAAAUAAAGUGCGAGAAUUUGAGGCACCAACAGCUAGUUGAUUAUGCCUAACUAUGUUAUGAUGUCGAAUAAUGAUUUACCUGAGAUAGCCUUUGUAAUACUUAAGCUUUACCAAGC